AUGACAACUCUGGGUGGAGCUGUCCCCAGAAUGAUGCGACCAGCUCCCGGACAGAAUUAUCCUCGCAGCGGUUUUCCGUUAGAAGUGUCCACUCCUCUAGGCCAAGGCCGAGUCAAUCAGCUCGGAGGUGUUUUUAUCAAUGGCAGGCCCCUACCCAACCAUAUUCGCCACAAGAUCGUGGAGAUGGCCCAUCAUGGCAUCCGGCCCUGCGUCAUCUCCCGCCAGCUCCGAGUGUCUCACGGCUGUGUCUCCAAGAUUCUCUGCAGGUACCAGGAGACAGGCUCCAUAAGGCCAGGGGCCAUUGGGGGCAGCAAACCCAAGCAGGUGACGACGCCGGAUGUUGAGAAGAAGAUCGAGGAGUACAAGCGGGAGAACGCAGGCAUGUUUAGCUGGGAGAUCCGGGACAAAUUGCUGAAGGACGGCGUGUGCGACAGAAAUACCGUGCCUUCAGUGAGCUCCAUCAGCCGCAUUUUGAGAAGCAAAUUUGGGAAAGGAGAAGAAGAAGAAGGGGAGCUGGAGCGUAAGGAAGCGGAAGAGAACGAGAAAAAGGCCAAACAUAGCAUCGACGGCAUCCUCAGCGAAAGAGCUUCAGCACAACAGUCAGAUGAAGGAUCUGACAUUGAUUCUGAGCCAGAUUUGCCACUGAAGAGAAAGCAACGACGAAGCAGAACCACUUUCACAGCUGAACAAUUAGAGGAGCUGGAGAGAGCUUUUGAGAGGACUCAUUAUCCUGACAUUUACACCAGAGAGGAACUUGCACAAAGAGCUAAACUCACGGAGGCUCGGGUUCAGGUUUGGUUUAGCAAUCGUCGAGCCAGAUGGAGGAAGCAAGCUGGGGCCAAUCAAUUGAUGGCUUUCAAUCACUUGAUUCCAGGAGGUUUCCCACCCUCUGCCAUGCCAACUCUGCCAACUUAUCAGUUAUCAGAAUCUUCCUAUCAGCCUACUUCUAUUCCACAAGCUGUGUCAGACCCAAGCAGUACAGUUCACCGACCUCAGCCUCUUCCACCAAGCACGGUACACCAAAGCAGCCUCCCUUCAAAUCCAGACAGCAGCUCUGCCUACUGCCUACCAAGCACAAGGCAUGGCUUUUCCAGCUAUACAGACAGCUUUGUGCCUCCAUCCGGGCCCUCAAAUCCUAUGAACCCUGCCAUUGGCAAUGGCCUUUCACCUCAGGUAAUGGGCCUCUUAACUAACCAUGGAGGAGUCCCUCACCAACCCCAAACUGACUAUGCCUUGUCACCAUUAACUGGGGGUUUAGAACCAACCACCACAGUGUCUGCAAGCUGUAGUCAAAGACUAGAUCAUAUGAAAAGUUUAGAUAGCCUGCCGACAUCUCAGUCAUACUGCCCACCAACAUACAGCACUACUGGUUACAGUAUGGAUCCUGUCCCAGGCUAUCAGUAUGGGCAAUAUGGACAAAGUGCCUUUCAUUAUCUGAAGCCAGAUAUUGCAUAAGUGAAUGGUCCAUUUCACAUUAAAGUUGGUCUUGGUCCUGGUCUCAGUCCAGUAUUUGGAAUGGAGAAAUCUUCUCACCAAAAUGAGGCCCAGAAUGCAGAG